UGGGGGUAAGGUUACCUUGUCGCCCCAUGCAGCCUGGGUGAGCUCAGCUUUCCACAGGGGCAGGGGGACUCUCCAACAUAUUCUGCCCUCAAACAGCCCUCUUCCCUGGGAUUGAUAACCCAGCCGGCUACCUCCCGCUGCUGAACCUCCACUGAGAAGGAAAUAGAACCCUCCAUCAUUGCUGUCUGGUGGUUCAAGGAGAGCGGAGAGACACUGGCAACAGCAGACACUGUGUACUGGGCAGGACUGGCUCCAGAGAUCCAGUCUGGAUCUUCAAACGCUUUUGUUGUCAUCUCUCUGUCUGUCUGUGAGGACUAACAGGGGACUGACACACGUGUGCAAGGGCCCUGGUACUGGCUUCCACAGCCAGCUUGACAGAUUUCCAACGAGCAGGACAGUUUCUACAGUUUGGAGGCACCAUGGCAGAGGAAGAGACAGCAGACGCAGGGCUUGUUGGAAAGAAUCAGAGCUGCUCUGCUGCUGUAAGAGAAAGAGAGAUGACAUGUCUCUCCAUUGUUUCCUAGUCCAGUCCUCAUCCACCAUUACCAUGGUGGUGACCAGCAAGGAGGCGGGCUCUAAAAGGACAGUGUUAGAUGACCUCUACCUGACCUUCCGGUCCCCAAUGGGCUGGAUGCUGGUCGUGGCACUACUGAUCACCUGGGCCAGUGUGGCCGUCGUCCUCUUUGACCUGCUAGACUACAAAACACUUACAGACUAUACAUCAUACUGUGAUGACCCCUGUUUGCCACCUGGAUUGGCUCCUCCUCCUGCUGCUGUCAGGAAGGCCUUGAAAGAGGCAGGCAGGUCCAAAGGUGGUGUUCAACAGGUGAUCUCUGAUCCUGUUGUGGUUGUCAGCGAUACUACAGAGGACUCUCCUGAUUGGCUAAACCUACUUGUGACCUUUGUAUCCAGUCUGGUUGCACCUGAGGAAGAAGAAAUAGAGGGGGUACACAACGAGGAGCUAUGAAGCUGUCUAACUGUGCAUUGGUCUUUGGAUAACCUUGUGAAUAAAAACAAUCUUGUCUCUCAA